GUGGGGAGAGCCAUGUUGCUACAAACACCUCUGAUGAAUGAGACAUCAGCCAGUUGUCUAUGGGGCAUCGUUCAGAAUGGGUACUUCUAUUUUUAAUGCGUUAGUUUUACUGGUGGUUUCUAUUGUACCAUUCAACAUAAUGGCUUCAAGCGAAGUUCAGCAAUUGACAGCAACAUCUAAUAUGUUUGCUUUAAAAUUAUACCAGGAUUUACGCCAGGAUGGUGAUAAUAUGAUAUGUUCACCUUUUGGUCUUCAGGUGUUAUUAGGUAUGGCACUAGAAGGUGCUAAUGGAAAAACUGAAACUGAAAUUGCAGCUGUAUUACAUCAUGCUAAAAAUGAUGAUAAAGUACUAAAAAGCUAUAGUUUUCUUAUAAAGAGUUUAGAGAACCCUGUGUUGAAAAUUGCCACUAGAUUAUUUGUUGAAAAACAUUUCAAACUAAAUCCAAACUUUUUAUCAGUAUCAAGUAAAUAUUUCUUAUCAGACACUAAGGGAGAAGACUUUGAAAGAAAUCCUGAUGCGUCUAGAAUCAAUAUCAAUAAUUGGGCAGAAGAGAAAACAGACCACAAAAUCAAAGAUCUUCUUCCACAAGGCUCUGUAACUAAGGGAACUAGAUUAGUCAUGGUUAAUGCGAUACAUUUUAAAGCUGACUGGAAAAAGAGAUUUGAUAGGAAAAACACAAUUGAUAUGCCAUUCUAUGUUACUCCUGAUCAGACUGUAAAUGUACCAAUGAUGGUUAUGCGCGAAGGAAAAUUUCGAUUCAUUGAAAGUGCAAACCUUGGAGCUAAGAUUCUUGAACUACCAUAUGAGGGUGACAAGUUUAGCAUGUUUAUUUUGCUACCACAUAAACUAGAUGGUUUAUUUGAAAUGGAAAGUAAAUUAAAUCAUAUAAAUUUGGAGGAAGAGUUUAAUUCGCUUUAUGAACAAACAGUAAAUGUGAUGGUUCCAAGAUUUAAGAUUGAGAAAACACUGGACCUCAAUGAUGUGCUAAUGAAGCAAAUGCCUAGUGCCUUCAGAAAUGCCAACUUCUCAGGAAUAACCGAUGAACCCCUUGAAAUCAGCAAAGUUCUCCAAAAAGCGUUUAUUGAGGUUAAUGAAGAAGGGACUGAAGCAGCUGCAGCUACUGCUGUUCUUGCUCGCAACGCCAUAUUUAUCAGUUCUCAGACAAGAAGUUUCACUGUGGAUCAUCCAUUUUUCUAUUUAUUGACAAUGAAAAAAUUUAAUACUCCUCUGUUUAUUGGCAAAAUUGGUAAUCCAAAACUUUUUUCUGGAUAAAAUAAUCAUCGAUGCUGGUUCAACUGUCCAUUACUGGUUCUGGGCUACCUGAAAAAGAACAUUGCAUAAAAUAAUUAUUUAUAAAUAAUUAGUUUUACUUUAUUUAUAGUUAUAAUGCAUGUCCUUCAUUAUUGAUAAUUACCAAUAAAUUCACUUGAAAAUUUAAUAGAUAAUUCUUUUAUUUUGUACAUUUCAUGUGAGGGGUCUCCAAAUUUUAUACAGGAUGUCCCAUAAGUAGAGUGAAUAUUUAAAGAGGUGAUAGCAGAUCUCAAGAACUACAAAAAAAAUUAUAUAAACAAUGGCCAAUUUUUACACAGAAAACUAGAAUAUUCAAGUAUUUAUUUUUUAUGUAAGCCACGUUUUUUGCUGAAUAAACAUAACUAAAAAAUAUUUAAUUUAAGUAAUUAACAAUUGAGGCAUUGAAAAUCAAUAGCUAGUAAGUGCCAAAAUUUAAUUUUUACAGGGGACGCCAAAACCACUACAUUAUCAAUGCAAAAUCCCCUUCAGUUAAAACUAGCGCAAUUUUUGCCAUCAAAGGAAAACUAAACUAAGGUCAACUGGCAGUUAUUAUUUUUUCAGUGUCACUGUGGAUGAAAUAUAGCUGAAAUAUGUAUGAAAUAUAUAUCAUUUUAACAAAAAAAAAGAAUUGUUUUCGUGUUUUUGGCAUCUACAACAUUUUCACUGUCAAUGUUUCAAUUGCUUCACCGUAAACUAGACCAAAUUUACUUCAAAUGGAAAUAAAUUUUGUUUUUGUUAUAAUCAUUAUGUUUAAAUUUCUUCAAAUUGUGUAUCUUUUUUUUGUAUAAAAAUAAAUUUUUUAUAAAUGCUGAAUAAUAGAAGCAAAAUAUUAUAAAACUCCAUAAUUUUUAAAAUUUUAAUAUUUCCUUUUACUCAGUUCCCAGAAGCCAUUAAAUUUUGGUAUAUUAAAGCACUAAAAAAAAAAGAAAGAAAUUGAUUAAAAUUUGUGCCUCAUUAACUGUUUUUUACCUCCCCAUCUAAAUGAAGGAUUCAGGAUGGCUAAAAUUUGGAGAACCUGUAAUUAUUAUUAUAUUAUAUAUAAAAAUUGUAAUAGAAUUUGAUUGGGAGAUGUGCCCCUAUACCAUAGGACUUCUUAUUUGUGUGUUAUUUUAUCUAUGACUCCUCACAACUAACAACCACUACAAUUCAUGCUAAUAUCAACAAUAUUUCUACCUUUAUUUACAAAAACUAUUUUGCAGUUGAUUAUAUUUCUAUGAUGAUAAUAAGAUAUAUGAUCAUAAAAUAAAUAUAUCAUGAUAUAUAAACAUAGCUUAUUUUCAUUCAAAAUUUGAUUUACCAAUGAAACCUUAAUACAUUUUUUUAGGUUUAUGACAUUUUUAAUUUAAAUUAUUGUUAAUGGUUCAGAUAUUACAGUAUAUAUAUAUAUAUAUAUAUAUCUAUUUAUAAUCAUUUUAUGUACUACUUUUAUCAACCUGAUUAAAUUCUAGUAUUUAUAUCAAGGUUCUACUGUAUUUUAUUUUUUACAUCAUCACUUGAAAUCUUAAUCAUAAGGACACAAAAUCCAGUAAAAUAAUUUAAUUAUUGUAUAUCAACAUUAGUAACUGAUACUAAUAAUAUUUGUAAAACUAUUGUAUUCAAAACAUAUAUAACAAAUUUCUAUUAUAAAUUUUAACACAGGAGUAUUUGUUAUUUAUUUAAUUAUUAAAUAUGUAAAAUCAUUGCCACUUUAAAGAGUCUAGUCACUACAAGAUAUGAAAAUUUAUUUAUUAAAAAUAAAUGAGCAAAUGUGUGUUUCAGUAAAGUGACUUUUAUUGUUUUAAACUGUUGGUAAUCAGAAUUUUAUUCAACUGGUAAAUUUUCUGUUGUGUACAAUCAACAAUGUGUCUAACACAAGAGCUUAAAUGAAUAAAAAGUAAUUG